AGGUGUAAGCAAGUGUCACGAGCAGCUGAUUUAUUCAUUGUAAAAUCUGCAGAUCAUGUUAGUAGGUUGUACCGUUAUCUUGCUGUUGCAGGGUACUACUAAUUAAUGAUUAGCUUAGCAAAAGCUCUGCAUUUCAAUCAAAAGAAUUUGCAUCAUAAAAGGCUCUAACCUAAAGCUGCAUACCUAACCACACCUAGGAAUGAACAAAAAAUGCAAGCUGGUCUUUGGCCCAGUGCAACAUGUGACCAACUAUGGACAUGCCACUGGUUGUCUUGAGGCCUUCCUUCAUCUUUGUGCUCCACUAUUCAAUCAUCCAAAAUGAGAGUAUUAAAAGCUAAGGGGAAAAAAGGGCAAAAGAGAAAUAAAAGUAAGAGAAUUAUUGGACCAACACCAUGGACCCUCACCACAUAACCUGCACCAUCCAAUUCUCUGAAGACCCACUGUAGCAUUAUUCUGAACUUGUACACUUCAUUUAUCAUCUUGUCCCAGACUCCAGUUAAUUACCUUCAAUCAAUUACUACCUUUUUACUAGAUGUGUCGGCAGAGUAGUGCAUCUCCUAUCACUAACAGCAGACAAGUUUAGGUGUGAUAUGAUAGCAACUAUUGUUUGUACCUGAGUUAGUUAGAUCGAUGCAGAGCUGACUUACUGGAAUAAACUGCAGAAACGAGACUUGCCAUAAUCUGAAUUUCUAACUUUACUGUAGUAUGUUUUCUGCUGUUCAUAUAUACAACACUGACUAACUGAACAGUGAGCUGCACUGACUGCAAAAGAGAUUAAAAUGUUCAGAAACAUGCAGUCACCGAUGGUGAUCAUUUCACUUUAAUAAUAUGAUGAUUAGGUCGUGAUACUAACGAACCUCUCUAUAUCUCCAUCUCUCUCUCUCCUUCACGUGAAGCCUCGCACGAGUGCAAAGCCGACAGCCAGCACCACCGCCAAAAACGCGAGGCGAGUUGGAGUUGGAGCUGGAUCCCUCUCGCCAUUGCUCUCUCUCUCCAGCCUCAUUCUCUUCCCCUCUCGUGCUCUCUGCUGCGAGUGCGGCUGCGGCGUUGCAUCGCAUGCUCUUUGUGAAUUGUGGGUGAGAGAGCGGUGGCCGGACGAGCUCGCCGGAGAGGAGGAAGAAGAAGAAGACGACGAGCUUAGCUUUGCAAUGUGCUGCUACGUGGGGAAGGCGACCAAGAUCUUCCUGUGCCUCGCGGCGGCGCUCAUCGUAGUGGGCCUCGUCCUGGGCUUCGGGCUGGCCCACCGGACGUGGGGCGAGCGGAAGGUCCAGCCGGACUGCCGGUGGCCCGACUGCCAGCUCCAGCCGGCCUACGGCGGCGGCGGCGGCGGCGGCGACCCUCUCCCGGCCACCUCCGGCGCCGGCGACACGCCGCCCGGCGUCCCGCUGACGGAGCCGGCCGUGGCCGCGUUCCCCGGCGUCGCCUCUGCUUCGUCGGCCGCGCCGCCGACGGCGAGCAUGCCGUACCUUGGGCCGCCCAGCCCGUUCGCAGUGGGCCUCGCCCCGGCCCAUGGGUGAAAGCAAGUCGCUUCGGAGUAUAUUUUUUUUCUUCUUUUUUUUUUCUGUUGUAUUUUUCUUCUUCUGAAUUUGAAAUACUAUGAUGGCUGUGAAUUAUUUCUACAGUUUUGAGUUUCUGCAUUUUAAGCUGGUCUAGCCUUCUGUGCCGUUGAUGAUCAUUUUGGUUGGAUAUAAAUAACGAUUUUGAUUC